GGCCCACGUCAGCCAGCCGCCUGGCCUUGCUGGAGAGACGCGUACUACGGCUGGCCCUGGAUGUGUGGCUCACUCCAGCCAAGCCCGAGUCCUGGUACUGUGCACAGCUCCGGAAAGAUCUUUUUUCAGCUAAAGUGAUGGGAGAUCCCUUUCUUGUGGAGGAGAUAGGCCUGCUUGCACUCAAGUCUGCAGCAGCCGAAGGACAGAUCCAAGGCCCAGAUUUUCAUGUGCUGCUCUUGGAGACAUUUUCCAAACUUCUGGAACUUGUGACCCUCCGCCACCGGCUGAUAGAAAUGAGUCUGGAGAGUGUACACUUAGCUCGUCUCUAUAAGGAAAUGGCGUGGGAGAUGGGUUUUGAAGAGUUCCAUUUGUAUCUGAGGCCUGUUCACUUUGAAUUUGCAUCACUCAAGGACAAGGUGGACCAUUCACCUCCUAUGUUUAUCACCUCUUUGCUGGAGAACAGUGAUCAUGUAGACAGAUAUUCUCCUACUUCUCUUGUCUUAGCCAUCUCUGAGUUGGAUGAUAACCAAGUUGGCAAAUUUAGUUUUUACACGAAGGAAGCCAUCCUUAAGCUCUUGUUCCAUUCAGGAGUGGAAAAUAUGCAAGUCACCCUUGCAUGUCAAGCUGCUCAGAAAAAUGCUUUGAUGGUAGCUGUCCAGCAGGCAUUCUUCUAUCACCCUCCCGGAGAGGGCUGCCCUGGUCAUGUCAAGGAAAUAAGUUCAGAUCUGAGAAAUCAUGGUGGAAUGGGCCCAACCAGAAGAAGAAGUUCUAGAAUUAUGAAUGGCAUGGGGAAUUUACUGUUAGCCCCAACUCCAGAAGUCCCAGACACCCUUACUCAUGCUUCAGAAAGAUCCCAGGUUACCAAAAGGGCUCCGGAGGCAUUCGUGUCUAUUCAGCUAGAAAAGGUGGGACUGCGGGACGUGAUGCUGAAUGCCUUCCUCCUCAGGAAACAAACCAUGGCCGACAGAAUGAAGAGUCUCGAUGAAAUUGGGAAAAUCAAGAGAGACGUUAUAGUUGAAUAUUGUCAGAAGUUCAACCACCACAUGUCCCACUAUUCUCUUCGGGGUCAGAUCAUGGCAUACUGCAAUAGCCUGAGAGCCCUGCUGGAAGACUUCCCUACCCUCAGGGAUACCUUUUUCGUGAUGGGGCAACCACAAGAAAAGAAGGGGUUGAGGGACUCCACGGAGAGCCUCAAGGCUGACCCGAGGAGUUUACAGCCCCAGCCUCGAUGUUUGCUGUCUGCUGACGGAAAAAUCUUCCUUAAUUUAUGGUUCAUACCUCAUCCUUCUGAAGUGCUGGUUAUGUUCAAAACUCUGCCAGAAAAGGCAGCUUUUAGAGCCUUAAAGCUAACUCUACAGCUGAUCGGUCCUUUCCAUGACAUUGUGGCCUGCCUUUUCAGUUUUGCUAAACUUGGGAACUGGCCAGCAUGUUUUGAAUUUCCUCGAAGUUCUAACCCUGUGAGAGGUGACUGGGGAGGAACUGAGGGCAUUGAGGGUGAGCUUCAAGAGCUGCAGAAAAUGAUUGACAGCCUCCAGAGCCCCCAAGACCCCGCCCAGGUGUCCCAGGCCCUCCUCCUCCGAAGAGAGGUUCUGUUCCUGCAGUUCGACGCCGCAGUGAGGCACCUGAUCCGGAGGACAUUUUUGGCAGCUGGAAACGCUCCUGCCUACCAGUCUGUCACAGACGGCAUGUACCAUGGGUUGCCACCACUGAGCAACUCUCUGGUGAAGAGCAUUUUUGCUUCACAGCUCAGCCUGCCCCAGCCACUGGAUCCACGGAGCCAACAGGCAUUUGUGCUGUUCCCUUGGAGAGCAUUUCUGGAAGAUGGAGGACCAUUUCCAGUGAUGAGUGGCAGCCCAGAUACUCUGGAAUAUAAUAUGCAGCUGUGCCUCUGCAGGCUGAGUGAGCGUGACCUCAGGGUGGCUCAUGGAGAGCUGGUGGACAUGCACCUGCUCAUGGAAGAUGUACUUCUGAGCAGCUAUCAUAUGAUCGUGGAGAGUCCCCCGGGACAGCAAGCCACACUAGAAAAAAGUACACAGCCAGAUUUGUGCAGAGCGCCAGGAGUCAGAAGUCAGUUCCAAAGCCGCCCACAGGCCUCCAAGCUUCCGGGGGGCCUGUGCGAUGCAGCCAUGUCCCUUGCUUUGCUGAGAUCAUUUCUGGUGCUGUGGAAGCAGCUGGAAGUGCUGAAGGAGCACUGGGGUCGGCUUAAGCUAAAAGGCCAGGACAGCAGUUCUGUCUCUUUCCACAAGCAGUUCUCUGAGCUCUAUGGAACUGACAUUCUCUACCCCAGCAUGAAAGCCAUUGCUAGGCGGAUGGGGAAAGAAGAUGAAUUUGAAGAACUUAUAAUAAGUAGUCAAUCUAUUCUUCCCCCGAAAGGAGCUUCAGAAAUUGAAAUAAAAACUCAGCAGCUUCAGACACUUCUGGAAAAUCUUGAAAUACAUAUGAUCCAGGAGGUAUUAAGAAAAGUUAACAGAGAGAUAACACUGGUGAUGUCAGAAAAGUCCAAGGAGCAGUGCACUCUCCCUACAGACCUUUGGAAACACCAAGUCAUGAAAGAAAACUUUUCCGUUGUCAGACCACAGAUAGUUGAAAAUUUUAUACAAAGAUUGAUGGAGAAGUACCAGGACGGUGGACUAGAGAUCACUUUCAGGAAAGACCACCUGGAGGCCUGCCUCCUUUCCCUGGGCUGUGAUGUGAUAGCAAGAGAACGCAGCAACUUCGAGAGCUACUCCAUGUGUUACGAACACGUGUUGGAGCAUGCUAGGCAGAAGCUCUGUCAGAAGGAGCAAGAAUUAGAUAUUUUACGAAGAGGUCGGAGUCCACCUGAAGACCAUGCCGGUCAGGUUGCUGAGCUCAGUCAUAACAUGGUCAUGGAAAUCACUGCUCUGAGAGCCCAACUCACGGAUUUGGAAGAGGAGAAUCUGAAUCUCGAAAAGCAGAUCAGAAAAGAAGUCCAAGAAGAAUAUAAAGCUUUAGUCCAAGCUUUGUUUAUGACAUGUGUACACAUAAAAGAAACGCUGGAUGAGAAUCAGCUUAAUUUGAUCCAGAAAUUGUGCGAGCUCAUCAGCGAAGUGAGAACAGAAGGGAUUGAUCAUAUGAAAGACCUAAAGAAAAAGUGGGGCUCUGCCAGACCUGAUGAAGGAAUGAAAGAAAACCCGACCCAAGAGCAGCUGCGAGAUUUGGAGCAGGACAACUGCAGUCUGACGGCCGUGGUGUGCAAAGUGAGGAGCCUGGGCCGCUGGCGGCUGGCCGUGCAGCAGGCUCGCUUCCAGGGCCAGCUGAGCAGGGCUGAGAAGGAAGUCGUGCAAAGUAAAAAAGAGUGUCUGCACAUCAAGCUAAUGGCAGAGCAAGAAGCGGUUUUAUUUCGUCAACAGUUAUUGGCUCUCAGGCAGGCCCUGGCGAGAGCCCAGGCUGACAACGUGAGGAUGUGCAAGCAGCAGAAUGGCCAGGCUCAACUGCUGAAAGAGUUAGAACACAGAGUAACCCAGGAAGCUCUCCACUGGCAGCAGCUGGAUUUCCUGAAAACCUGCCGCAUGGAGAAGCUCUUGGAAGACGUGGGGCAAAAAGAACAGCAGCUGCAGCAAAUUACUGAAGAGGCUGAUCGGGCUUCUAAACUGAGCCAGAUCCAGAGGAAGAAAAUUCAGAGAGACGUCCGACAGAUGAGAAGCCGGCUGGCCCAGGAGCGCAGCGUGAAGCUGGACGCUUUCCAGCGUGUCGAACAGCUACAAAAUCAGCUUAGUGACGCCACGGGAUCCUCUGUCCAGAUGAGCUCAGCAUGCGGCCUUAUAUCCCGGGUUCAAUACUCCCUAAAUUCUGCUUCCACAUCAUCCAGAUACUCCCAGCAACACCUUUUAAAGACUAAUCUUAUGGACAAUAAAAUAACAAGAAGGAUUCAAAGACCAAAGACUGUACCUAUUAAACACAAAAAAAGAACUGAUGAUGGCUUCCUACCCAAUGUGGCAGAAAAUGCUCAACUUUCAGUGUUUCAAGUUCAAACAGCUCCAUCCAGAAUGCCACACAGACCUGACUGGUAAUCAUAUAUCCUUUUCCAAGUUUUAUUUCUAUAAGCAUUUAAAUGAAUAAAAAUGAUUCUAAACUCCACUAAACCUCUUAUCUAAUUUUUAUUAUCUGUGACGAAUAGUGUGGAAGGACUGAGACCAUUACACCUUGAAUGUUCUGGGUGAAGUAGGAUUUGGCCCUAGAUUUUAAAACACAAGAGUUGAUUUGCAUUUCUACGACCUAGACUUUGCCGCUGGUCAACCAGCAGCCUCUCAGUCUGGGUUCUAGAGUUAUUAUUAGGUAGAAGAGCCAGGAGAGAGGGCACUGCUGCUAAGCAGUAUUUACUGAAAGCGGAAAACUAGACCAGAGAUUAAUCCCAAUAGACUUCAAAGCACUUA